GUUGUGACUGUAAACUGCCUGCAGGCUUUUAUUUUGAAGGCUGAGGUGUCAGCUGACAGGAAGCUGUUCCCAGACAGAAGGAGAGACUCGUAGCGUUCAGACACUCAGUAGAACAUGUAGUUAUGUGUUUAUGUAUCUAGUAUACCUAUAUAUUUAAUAUAUAUUUAAUAUAUAUUAGUAUAUUUAGUAUAUAUUUACCUUGUGAUGGAUCCUGUGAGCAGGACGUCCUGUCUGCUGCGACUCAGAGAAAACUGUCCAAUCAGGAAGCUCCUCAGACGGACCUACGAUGUGUCGGCAGCAAACUCUUCUCCCAUUGGCUCCUACUGGAACAAUGUAGCCCCACCCACCUGCAGCCAGCCAAUCACAGAGAGGUCGCAGCCCCUCCCCCAUCCCUCGUGCUGCCAGAGGGUCUCUUCUCCCGACCAAUCAGAGGCAGCCGCAGAUGUUCCCAUGGAGGAGGAGACCCAGCAGAACCAGAACCAGCAGAACCAGACCCAGCAGAACCAGGAAACCCAGCAGAACCAGACCCAGCAGAACCAGGAAACCCAGCAGAACCAGAACCAGACCCAGGGGAACCCCGAGGACCGAGCAGAAGACUGCAUGGAUCUGGACGAGGAAGUUGAUCCUGAAACUGGAGAGAAAGCUCAGGGAUGAGCCGACCAAUCAGAGCCGACCGAUCAGAGCCGACCAAUCAGAGCCAACCGAUCAGAGCCGACCAAUCAGAGAUGUUCUGCUCUUAGAGACGAGGCUACAUUCGGCCGGACGCUGUUUUUAACGCGAAGAAAGAGAUCAAAGGGUUAAAAGAUGAUCAGCUGUUAUUUUGGAUGUUCUGAUGAACUUUGUUUUAUGUUUCAUGUAUUCUGUGUUAAAAGUUAAAGUUGUUUCCACGACAACAGACAAACUAUUUUUGAUGAAAAAACAGUUUUAUUGUAAAAGAGAAAAAACACAUUAAAUAAUCUGAUAUUUUCAUAUUUACAGUCUGUGGAUCCUUUCACAAUAAA